AUGAAGUAUUUCACACAACAUCUUCCCACCGAAAGCCACGCCUACACACUUUCAACCAAAACUCAAAACGACAUCUCAACUGGACUUCAAGGACCUGCAGGCACCUCUAACCGCUCUUCUUGCCAAACACCCACCAAACAAAGCGACAACGCAUACAUCAAGCGCAUCGAAGACAGAGUCGCCGGUGAAGCAGGUGAAACAAGCACCACGCGCGGCUGCCUUGAUCAAGCAAUGUGGAAACGCCUCAAGAAGCUGGCAAAGAAGACAUCGCACUGCCUCCGAAAGGAGCCGGAUACCGCUAAGCAAGCGAAGAAGCCAGAGCAGAGUGCUCCGGCAUACGGCGAAUACUCGAUACCAUACAUUUUCUGUUAG